CUUUGAUAUGUUUAUGUCGUGAAGUGUUACAGUAUAAGGAAAUCAGAUGAGUGUCCAGAGUGCUGUGCCUCGUCUCAGGACUGUAGUUACUUUAGGGUGUAUUGUUCUGGUCUGCGUCUUCUACUGGGACGUCAUCAUUCUCAACAAACUCUACAAAUUUAGACGUGCAGCGUCAGCCUCUGGUCUCAAAGAUCCUUCUUUCGGAUUGUCCUGGGAGUGUGUGGAAGGAGACUAUGGGAUAAAAGUGUGCCAGAAAGUUAUGAAAGAACAAUCAUCCUCAUCGAUGUCCCUCCUAUCUUGCCAGAUGACUUGUUCUCCAGGAAGAAACAUUUGGCCGACACCCACAGGGGAAGUAAGAAUAUCCAACACUACCGCGUCGUUCCACCCAAGAAAUCUGAAUAUAGAAUUUGAACCUGUCAAUAAUCUUGAUCUUGCCAUUCUGCUCAAGAAGGCUGCAAUACGUUUUCAAGAGAGAAUUGUAAACAUGGCGACGAAUUCACACGCUCGUCCAACAGUAAUGGCAUUCAUCUUGGAGGAGAUGAAGUGGAUUUCCGAUGUUGGGAAAGCUCCGAAGAAGUGA